UACUAAAUGAUGCUUGACUCUUGAGUGGAUGUAAAACUCAAACCAGACAUAUCUAAUCCUAUUGAUAUUGAUGGGAUAUUUUAUUUCAUAUUGAGUACUCAUGAAUGAUUCAACGGCUGUCACUUACAUACUAUUGGAGGGUCAUAUAGAGCUGGAAAAGUACAGAUAUGUUUAUUUUAUCAUUUCUUUUACAGUGUAUUUGCUGAUCGUAUGCUUCAAUGCUGGUGUCAUCUUCAUUGUGCUCACGGAUAAGAAACUGCAUGAGCCGAUGUACAUUUUCAUCACUGCUUUACUUCUGAACUCUUUGUUUGGAACCACUGUGAUUUAUCCCAAACUUCUGAGUGACCUUCUGUCUGAAAGACCAGGAAUUUCUUAUGAAGGAUGUCUGAUUCAAGCUUUUUGCAUUUAUACAGUUGCGUUAACAGAGUUUACACUGUUAUCAGCUAUGGCCUACGACAGAUACGUGUCCAUAUGUAAACCUUUACAGUACCCGACUCUUAUGAACAUGUCUACUGUCAGAAAACUCUUAUUCAUCUGCUGGUUUGUUCCUUUCUGUGAAAUUGGAAUAUUGGUCAUUUUAACCUACAGACUGAAACUGUGUCGAUUUAAACUGGAGAGAAUCUACUGUAAUAAUUACAGCAUUGUUAAAUUAAGCUGCGGAGACACGACUGUAAAUAAUUUAUACGGGAUAUUUAUUACAGUCAUUGCUGUGAUUCCACCUGUGAUCUUUAUAAUCUUCUCCUAUGUCAGAAUUCUCUCUGUCUGUUUAAAGAACUCAAAGGAAUUCAGGAGAAAAGCUCUGCAGACCUGCUUCCCUCAUCUCAUUGCAUUAAUCAUUUUCUCUGUUAUCUCCUGUUUUGAGGUUAUCAAUAACCGACUAGAAAAAAGUGUACCUCAUAUCGCUUCUAUGAUGAUGUCAAUGGCAAUUCUGGUUAUUCUUCCUCUGUUUAAUCCUGUUAUUUAUGGACUGAAACUGCAGGAGAUCAAGAAAGGGAUUAAAACACUGUUUUUAGGGAAAAAGAGGAUAUCGUUUAGAUUAUAAGGGCAAAUAUGGCAAAUAUUUUAAAUUAUUUAACCCCUUAAAAUGACUUGUCCUGUAUACAGGCUACAGGUGUUGGUGAUACAAAACCCUUUUUUCUGCAGUAAAAUAACUUUAAAAAAAUUGCCUGUUUUCUCUCUAAUUCACUUAAUGAUUCUAGAUCAGUAAAUCUGAAUUUAGGAAUCAACCCAAAUUCUGCAGGUUUGAAAAUAGAGGUAAAACUAGACAAACCUAAUAAAACUAAAGGUUUGGAGGACAUGAACUGU